AGAGGCUGAAUCACAGGGACAGAGAGCUGGAGUGUGUUGAGAGGCUUUGUGCUCCUCAGGAGGAUGAAUGAUGAGGACUACGGCUCCACUUUCUUCUCCACUGGAGGGUUUUAAACUGGAUUUUACUUCUUGUAGAUCAACGCUGUGAUACCGGAUUGUGUUGUACCUGCAGCCAACAUCUGUCUGUGGUGCAUAACACUGGAAAUGCUGGACUGUCUCCGGGCCCAGGACAUGGUGUCCUGAUCCUCCCCGACACCAACACCAUCACACGGCUUCGCACACCAGUCCGGCCUGGGCCAUGACCGCUCCGCUUCCCAACGUCAGCGUUCCCGGGAGUACGGAGGCUCUGCUGGUGACCACCGACUGCCCCUUCAACCUGACGGCGGCGGCUCAGGAGGGACUAGGCUCCGGAGGGUCGGUGGCCCCCCUCUGUACCCUCUGCUGCUGCGGGUUUCUCAAUCGCACCCUGGCGGUGGUGUUCAUGGUGAGCCUGGCGUUUGCCAUCGUGAUUGGGAAUGUGGUCACGCUCACUGUCUUUGUGCAAACGAGGCAGUCGAGGACACCUCAAGGAUACUUGAAAGUGUCCCUGGCCAUAGCAGACAUGAUGGUCGGUGUCCUGGUGGUUCCUUUCUCGGUCUACACCGAAAUCUCUCUGAUGGUGACCAGCGUGCCUCCCAACUGGUACCAGGGCAGCUCCACAUCCCCGGCCUCCUCUUCCCCCGUGGGCGGACUCGUGAGCCCCUGGCAGCCCUGCAUGCUGAUCGGCCCCGUGUUCGCCGGGUGCACUUUCGUGUCCAUCAGCACCAUCUUCCUGAUGACCCUGGAGCGCAGCGUGGCCAUCUUACGGCCACUCCACAAGGACUCCCUGGUGACCAGGAGACGGACCCUGUUCCUCAUCCUGGUCUCCUGGGCCGCCAGCUUCCUCCUGGCUCUCGCGCCCCUCAUGUUCAGCGGCAACUUCACUUUGGAGUACAAUGAGUGCAGUCGUAUGUGCAACUACGCCCCUCUGUUGUUUGGGAACCGGCUGCCGCCUGACGCCAACAUCCUGCUGCUGUUCCCGGCAUUCGACUUCAUCCUGCUCGGUGGCACGUUGGCUAUCAACAUUGUGUCUUUCACUAGCAUCCGACGCUACUCCCGAAAACGCAAACUUCUCUCAGAGGGGAGUCUGAGCGACACAGGAGGAGGAGGUGGAGGAGGGGGAGGAGGUGGAGGAGGAUGCCCUCACAGGCCGUCCUUUUCAGACAUCAAAGCAGCCAAGACAAUUGGCAUAUUAACAUUUGCCUUCACCGCUUCAUUCUCCCCCAUCGCGGUGUUUGUGUUCGGGAACGUCGUGGGAUACACGUGGUGUAAAUUCUCCUUUUUUGCCUUCUGGAUUCUGACAGGAAACAGUUGUUGUAAUGUCAUUAUCUACAGCGUCAGGGACCACCGCUUCAGGAAGGGCGUGACCCUGCUCUUUCAGCGGGACCACUCCCCUCCACACGGCGAGAAGAGCUGCGGGACACACUGAGUGUUUUCAACAAGCGUGUGCUUUGCGACGUCAUGUUGACUUGAAAUUUUGAGAAAUACGCUCAUGGUUCUGGAAAGGUCAAUUCUCUCCCGCUCAUGUUUGCACGUAAAUAUCAGGCUUAAGUUGGCAUGCAGACAGGAAAUAAGUUAGUGUGGCUUUACACAGCGAUAACGAAAUCAGCCUGUUUGUUUCUGUGCAAAAAGUUUGAAAACUGUGUUAGGUUUUAUGUGUUCUUGGCCAGAAGCAGUUGUUAGGCAACCACUCCGGGAGGUGAGCAAACACUGCCAAGAAAUAAUCUGGUAAACACAAUAAUUUAGAGAGGAGGAGUAGAGCAGAUUUAAUCUUUGGAAGAAGCCAGGGCUUCUGUUGUGUACCCGUUUCCCUGGUUUCCUGUCUUCAUGCUAACCUACUAAUUUCUCAGCCGGAGCAUUAUUAAUGUCAGUUAAUUUGCCAAUUUGUGCGAGCCAGCGGAAUACGUCCCCAAAUAAUGUAAAUUCCACGUGAAAUACAAGCAAAACAAUCAAUAUUUUUGUUGCAGAGAAUUGUGAAACAGGUGCCGCACACACAAACAGAUCUAUGCAUCGCAUGAUGAAACAGCUUUCAGGUUCGGACCAAACGCACACACACACAUAUACUGUAGAUCGCGAAUAAACCACGGGCCCUUGUAGCUACUCUACUGCCGCAACCGUCCUCGUUGUCUCCUCUGGUCUUCGGCUUUCGUCGCUGUGGAACAUCUGUCCUCAAGCUUUCCUUCAGAGGGCUGUCAUGAGCCGUUCGUUAACUUCAGGAAACCCACCUACCGUCUCUCCAGAAAGGUCUACUGACACUGCUGCACAGUGCAGCAUAUAUUUUUUUAUGUCAUUCGUGUAGAAGUUAAGCAGCUGCGGCCUCCUCUUCUUCUUUGUAAUAAUGUGGAAUACAAAGUUUUGUUUGUUUUGUUUUUUUUUUGAUUAAGGGAGUAGCUGAUACCAUUGAUUUUAAUCUGUGGUUUUACAUUCUGGAGCAUCAACUUUUGUCUGUCGCAAUAAUUACGUCAGAAAUGCACUUAAUCGGUUACUAUUCGAGCCAUCUGCAUCGUGCCACAUUAUUUGUUUUUACUUUCUCAAGCAUUUUAUAAUAUCAGUUAUUUUUGUCGCCAAAUGAAAGAAUAAUCGGUUUAAUUAUUACACCAGUGCUGACGAAAUGAAUGGGAGACCAGCCACAGAGAUGAAGCGUAAGAAAAGCAUCGUGAUUAGAGCGGACCCUCAAACUCAAACUGUGCCGGUCGAUCUUUUCUUUCAGGGUGUGAUGUAUUUGUACCAUAAAAUGAUCUGUGUCAGCUAUAAGUCUUGUGUAUUGCUUGGGAUUCUGUAUUGUGCAAUUUGACAAUAUAAUAAUAACAUACAGCAAUGAGGUUGACAAGCAUUUUGAAGCAUAAAUUGUCUUUUAUUUCCAUUCAUGGAAAAAAAAAAAGUGGCGGCGUGUAAUUGUGACAUAAGUUGACGGCCUUUGAAAGUCAGAGAAUCUGGAAAAAUGGAAGACUAAUAAACACUAUGAAGAAGAUUCUUGCCAUUAA